AUGUCGCCCGGAUGGAGCGACUACAACCAGGGGGCGCUGGCAUUCAACGCAGACGGCUAUACCGAGCUGACAAGCACACUGGCCGAGGGCAUGAGCUUACGAAGUCCGAACCCGUACAACCAGGGGGCGCCGGCGGAGGGGAUCGGCCUUCGCACUCCGAACCCGUACACCCAGGGGGCGCCGGCGGAGGGGAUCGGCCUUUGCAGUCCGAACCCGUACACCCAGGGGGCGCCGGCGGAGGGGAUCGGCCUUUGCAGUCCGAACCCGUACACCCAGGGGGCGCCGGCGGAGGGGAUCGGCCUUUGCAGUCCGAACCCGUACAACCAGGGGGCGCCGGGGGUUUGCUACAACUUUGCGCUCACGGCGUGCAGCAACGGUGGCGCCCCCGCCACGCACUACGUGCUCGCCCGCUCGCCAAACGGCGCCCCGGACCCGCGCUCGCCAUUCAACAAUGGCGUCUACGUGCCGCCGUCACCGACGCGAAGUCCGAACCGCAGUCCGCGCAGCAUCCGCAAGAGCGUGUCCCCGACGGGGCACGAUGCCGGCGCCCCCUACCUCCGCCCGGCACUCGCCGAGUCGAGCGGCGACGCCGGCGGCGCCCCCUACCUCCGUCCGGCGCUCGCAGAGCCGAGCGGCAACGCCGGCAGCGCCCCCUACCUCCGCCCGGCGCUCGCCGAGCCGAGCGGCGACGGCGGUGGCGCCCCCUACCUCCGCCUGGCACUCGCCGAGCCGAGCGGCGACGCCAGCGGCGCCCCCUACGCGGCGGCGAGCGAGUUGACCUUUGCGACCUUGAAGCCGGUCACGCGUCUUUCUUCGGCCGCCAACCCGCUGCUGCGGACGGUCCACGCGGGGGCGCCACCGCGGCCGGCGUCGCCGCUGCUUCCGAGCGACCUCGACAUGACCUUGGACUCGCUGCGCGGCCUCGACUGCGACGUCGGCGAAGUGCUUCGACACGAGUUCACCGUCGCCGGCGGCCUUGACCUCGACUUCGACCUUGACGGCGGCGGCGGCGGCCAGGUGGCGCCGGCGGUGUCGUCGCGGAACGACGGCGACACGACAUGGAUGUGUUGA